AUGGUUGCGACGGCGCCUCGGAUGAGUGUUGUGCCCCAGCAGGUUCCGUUGGUUCGGUCGGCGUCAUGGUCCGGUCAUCGAACGGCGUCGCGCUUGCCGCGGUCACGGGGUGCACUACCAGGCUGGCCAGGGGCAUACCUUUCUGCUGCGCUGUUCCUGCCAGGCGCUGUGCGACGGUGUUGGGCUCGAUGUCAGAUGUUCAGGCCAAGCAGUACCAAGCGGAUUGGCUUGAAAGCACGGCGAGGUCCAGCACGGUCUGGUGAGGCAGAUGACUACUUCAAACCCCUGGUCGAGGGAGAUGUGCUCUCCGCCUCUAUGCCUCAGCGGUGUAUUGUGGCCCUGAUGUUUGUGCUGCUGCUGUUGGGCUUUGUGAAGGUCUCGAUGUUGGUGUCUGCCUUGCCACUGCCACAGGUGUUCUUCUACUCCUGUGUGGCCAUCCUUGCUGGCAUGGAGUUUGCAGAUUUCGGCACGGGUGUGUACCACUUCUCCGUAGACAACUACGGCAGUGCAAAGACGCCCGUGGUUGGCUCUCAGAUCGAGGCUUUUCAAGGCCAUCACGAGGAGCCAUGGACGAUCACCUACAGGGAUUUCUGCAACAAUUGCUUUCCGACCUGCGUGGCCACCAUGCCAUUUCUGGUGGCCUUCGAAAUCUUCUGCAGCGCACCCUUUGUCCUCUUGUGGGUGCGCCUGGCGCCGCGGUGCAAAUCGGGGAUGAUCCAUGAGAAGCCACGAAAUUUUCAUGUGAAAAGCCAGGUCCUUAGUGAGUUUCAACCCAUUCCCAGUUUAGAUUAUUAUAUUGGUUUUGAGAUAUGUUUAGAUACCUAG